AUGCCUGGCAAUAAAUGCCAGUAUUUUAAUUGCUAUAAAAAUACAAUCAAGUAUCCUGGGCUAAGCAUGUUUCGGUUUCCAAAAGAUAGAAUAAUAUCUGAAACCUGGGCAAUAAAUUCUGGAAAUGUUAGUUUACUAUCACUGGAUGUGGAAAAGCUAUACAGUAGAUACAUUUGCCAAGAACAUUUUAGCCCGGAUGAUUUUAUUUAUAUGUACGAUAAAAAAAAGAAAUUAAAACCAAAGGCAGUUCCAUUCAAAUUUAAUUCUUUAGAUGAAAAUCAACCGUCUAUGUCAUCUGCAGAUGAAGAUGAUUUAACAUUAUUGACACCAACCAAAACGUAUAACAAAUACAAAACCAGUACUGAAGUAGAGUUAAUAUUCUCUAGUCCUAAUUCAAUUAUGUCUACGCCGCAAAAAGAAAAAAUUUCCGAUUUAAUUGAUAUGCCUAGUCCGAGUUUUAAAAGAAAACAUUCGUAUGAUAAAGAUCCCGAUACGCCUAGAAAAAUAAAAUUAAAACAAAAAAUUGAAAAAAAAUCGAAAAUAAUUCAUAACAAAAACAGUCAUAUUUCUAAAUUAAAAAACUAUGCUUCUAAAUUUAAGGUUCAAAAUAAUUUAAAAAAUCUUAUAAAUGCAUAUCAAUUUCCAUCAUGUAACUCUAGGGCAUUAGUAACUAUGCAGCUAAAAACCAAACGUCGUACAUGGACAACUGCAGAGAGAAAUUUAGCUUUUACUUUUUUUUAUAAAUCCCCAACUGCCUAUAAUUUUAUACGCCUACAAAAAAUUAAUUUACCUGCUCCAUCAACUAUUAGACGCUGGAUCGGAGAAUCAAAAUUUUUACCUGGUUUUAAUAAUUACUUUUUUGAUCAUAUACAAAAAAAAUUUGAGCAUACCAAUUAUAAAGAGAAAGAAUGCAGCAUUUGUUUUGAUGAAAUGUAUAUCAAAGAAUUUUUAGAAUAUUCUAAACAAUAUGAUUUUAUCGAAGGAUUUCAAGAUUUAGGAACUUACGGUAGAAUGAAUAAAACUGCAAAUUGUGUAUUAGUGUUUUUAGCUCGUGGUAUAUAUUCUCAAUGGAAAUUUCCUAUUGCAUACUAUCUUUCUAAUUCUGGCGUAAACAAAGAAAUCUUAAAAAAUUUAAUUGUUGACAUUUUAAAUAAACUAUUUGAUAUUGGCUUAAGCCCAAAACUCAUUGUAUGUGAUCAAGGAACAUCAAAUCAAAGAGGCUAUAAUAAAAAUCCAACUUCGAGGACAAUAAGGACUUCUAUUAGAAGUAGCUGUAUUUUUUCCUUGUGUGCUUCGACAGCAACUAACUGUGAACCUUUACAAGACACAAAUGAUUUUAUAUCAAUCGAUGUAAAUAAAAUAUCUACUAACACAGAAACUAUAGAAACUUAUUCUGAUGACGAAUCAAGUAUUUCUUCGAGUUCAUCUGCCGAUAACAAGUUUAAAUGUGUAGAUAAAAUUCAAACAGACAUCGUCACGGUCACCCUAGAAGAUUGUUCAGUUACUUAUUUUGCUGGAUAUCUUAUAUACAAAUGUUAUAAACAAUUUAAUUGCCACCAUUGUCAAAAUAAUUUACAAACUAAUAAAAAUUUAAAUGAUAAAAACCAGUCGCGCCGCGUACACCGUUCACUACACACGUGUUCUGUACAUCGCUCCGUAUAA